GUAACUUGUUAUCUUCAUUAUUUAAAAGUACAUGUAGUAUUGCACUGUGAGUUAAAGGGAAAAAUUGAUAAUCUAAUUUUCUUUUUCAACAAAACAAGAAUAAAAAACUGUUUAAGUAAACUUUGGAAUCAGUUUAAGGGAAAUCAUGGCUGUCCCAGGUAAAAAAGCCACCAAACAAUUUUCAUCUUCAACAACUUCUAUGGGUUCUGAUGAAGAUCUCAAAGUUUACUGUCAGCCAUGUAAUCGAGAUGGACCUAGACUUCCUGUCCAUGGCUAUUGUACAAACUGUUCAGAGCAUUUGUGUGAAACAUGCUUUACCCUCCACAGAAGACACACAUUGUCAAGACACCAUACUUUACUAGACAAAUCCAACAUGCCUAAGACUCUGUCACAUGCAACACCAAGACAACCAGAUAACUUCACAAAACCAUGUCCUAAACACAACAUUGAGAUGAUCAAGUUUUACUGCCAUGAUCAUAAGGCUCUACUUUGCAAUGUUUGUGUUACACUUGAGCAUACAGUAACAUCUUGCCAUGUCAACUAUAUACCUGACAUUUCAGGCCAAACCAUCAAUGGCACAGAGUAUCAAGAUGUAUUGAAAGAUUUGAACGACAUCACUGAGCGAUCAAGCAAUUUUCUUCAACACAUGAAGAAAAUGAAUGAGUUAUCAAACAAGUCUUUGACAGAAGCAUUGACAGGCAUAUUGAAAUUCCGAAAAAAAAUUAACCAAAGACUAGAUGAAAUGGAAAGACAAGUCAAAAACACUGUAAAAAUCAUCCAAGAGGACAAUAGCAAGAAUUUGAAGACUGUAGAAACAGCAAGUGGAGAUGUACUUAAAUCAUUAAAGUCAUCCUCUGAUGUCAUUAAACAUCUCAACACUUCCAAACAAGCCAAUGAUUUGUUCAUGGAACUAAAACAUGCACAACAGAUGAUAAAAAAUUAUGAACAGAGUGUUUCUAAGCUCUCAGAAUUUGAAGUCAAAGAGUAUAAGUUAGAACCAAAUGAGGUAAUAUCAAAUCUUCUUGCAAAAGAGAAGUCACUGGGAAUGCUGAAAGAUAGGCUAUUAUCUCCUGCUUUGAGGUCCAGACAAUUUUCACAAAUGGAUAAAAUCGGUAUCAUAACAUCAAAAGACAGACUUGAUUGCUGGAUAUCAGGAAUGACUCUCCAUACUCCUGAUCUUCUUAUCAUCACAGAUUAUGCAAACAUGGCCAUUAAAAUAGUUGAUAUCAGUAUAAAGUCUGUACAAGCUUGGCAUAACUUUGAUAGUAAACCUUAUGAUGUCACAACAGUUUCACAAAAUGAUGUUGCUGUCACAUUGCCAUUUCAUCAAACUAUUCAGUUCUUUUCUGUUUCUAGAAAUAAUCUCAGGCAGAAGCAUACUCUAAAGGUAGACGGAGAAUGUUUUGGUAUUAGCUUUCAUAAAGAUAAAAUGGUGGUGUCAUAUCUCAAUCCAGUUAAAGUUGAAAUCCUUCUUAUCAAUGGCACUGUAUUACAGUCAAUACAAGAUGAAAAUAUUUUCAAAAAACCACUCAAUAUUACAACAAGUGACAAUUGUAUCUAUGUAUCUGAUUAUUCAUUAAAAACAGUUACCAAGUUAAACUGGCAGUGUGAGGUGAGAGGUAAAUAUGUGUGUAAAGAAUCUCCAUGUGGCUUGACAAUGUCAGAUGAUGGGACCGUGUUUGUUUGUAUAGAAAACCCUACCAUAGAAGAGAUAUCAGGAGACUGUAUUAAAGGACAAGUUGUUGUAAAGGAUAUACAAUGGCCUCAAGCUGUCAAUUGGUCUGCUGAUACAUGUACAUUGUACACAAGCAGCAGGGUUACUCCAGAAUGUGACUUUAUAAAACUCUUCAAACUGUCUAAAUAAUGAAAGAAAUUUUUUCUUCAGAGACAGACACGAUAUUAACAAACAUAAAGGCAUUAACUUUUGUAUGAUAGAUGGUGCUUAUUAUUGGUAGUGAUUAAGAUUAAGAACUGGUGACUGUUAUUUAUAGUACCUCUGUAAACAAUAAACUAUUUCUCACUAGAAACAAUUACACUAUUAAAGUUGCCAUCAUUCAGAUUGGUAAGGCACAAACACCCUUGGUGAGCUUAUAACAAGCUUAUAACAAGCAGAGUAUCACCAACAUACUUGCACUAUCUAACACAAAUUUGAGCUGUGACAGUUAUUUAACUGCAACAGUUAUUUUUUAAAUUUGCACUAUCUAACACAAAUUUGAGCUGUGACAGUUAUUUAACUGCAACAGUUAUUUUUUAAACUUGCACUAUCUAACACAAAUUUGAACUGUGACAGUUAUUAAACUGUAACAGUUAUUUUUUAAAUGAUUUUUUUUCUUUUUUGUUAAAAACUUUUACUUCACAAACUGGUGUAUCUUUUAACUUCUGGACUGGUGGCAUAAACAAACCAUUGUCACAAUAUACAUUCAGAGAAUAAACUAAUAUCUAACACAAAAUAAAUCUGAUGAAAAUCAGCUCCAAUUUAAUGCUUUAAGCAUAGCAUGUGACAAGCAACAACAGGAUGUCAACAUCUCAUGACCUUUCAAGCAGCCAAUCAUUGACAAGCUUUCACAAUUUGAAAGGGAUACAAUUUCUAAUUUAACUGCUUGGAAACCAAUAUUAAGUAUGUAAUUUUCAUGAUUUUGGGAAGAAAGAUGUGUUAUCCAUAAAGCCAGCAGGAAAACUGGCAAAAUGAUUGUCACAUAGUGGUUGAAAAAACUGCAGAGACUAUAUGUGAUUUUUAUACUUUAUCACUUACUAAUUUUAAUCUAAGUGUUGAGCAUAAUUUCGUCAGCUCAACUUCAAUCAACCCUUCCCCUGUCAAAUGGGCUGUCCAGCCUUUAUAUUAUCUGUCAACAACCAUUUCACAAUUUUCAGAAUCAUGAAUAUAAAGAGAGUAACUAUAGCUAUCAUUAAAAGUUAUUAAUACACCCAAAAGCAACUUUGACUUUUUUUGAAGAAAAAAUUGAACACAACCUAUAAUUAAUGAUGUAUCAACUAUGUACAUCGAAUUAUUUCAAUUAAUUGCAAUCCCAACCAG